CGGUGGGAAUGGAGCGAGCAGAUUGAGGCCGCCACUGCAGCGCCGCCAGCAUGAACUUGGCCGCGAGCUGAAGCGACGGGCGGCGGGCGGGCGCGGGGGCACCGGCCGCUAGCCAGGGGGUGAUCUUCAAUCCGGCUGGGCCAUUCGGCGGGCGCCUGGGUAGGCUGCCCGUGCCGGCGGCCGCCCGCCCCUCUGGCUCUGCCCUGGCUGCUGCUGGAGCUCCGCAACACGCCCUGUGUCUAGGUCGUUUGGAAAACGCCUUGGAGAGUCAAGAAUAAAAUUGCAGGUCAAACAAUGGAUGACUGGAAAAGUCGGCUUGUAAUCGAGAGCAUGCUUCCCCAUUUCAACAUGGUGGGAAAUCGUCAGGAGACCAGAAAGCUCCAGGAAUCGGGAACCAGUAAGAGAAGACAGGAAGGAGAGAACUUCCACUUCACAGGCAUGGCUGAUGGGAGCUAUCCUAAUAAAAUCAAAAGACCUUGCCUUGAAGAUGUCACCCUGUCUAUGGGCCCAGGUGCCCACCCUACUUCUCUCUCUACAGAGAUGCAGAUGCCCACAUUAAACAUGAAUCCCACGUCUGCAGACCUGGGAGUGGCUGGCCAAUCUUUACUCCUUGAGAACAACCCUCUGGACAGUAAUGUUGCGAAUAGCAGUGCUAUGGGCUCAGCAUUUGGGGUGCCAUCAACUGCAGACACGGGGCUGAAAGGACAUGCUGUUCCUUACUAUGAGAAAAACAACAGUGUGCCAGCUGUAGACCAAGAGCUUCAAGAUCUGCUGGAGGAACUAACCAAAAUUCAAGAACCUUCUUCAAAUGACCUUGACCUUGAGAAGAUUCUGGGGAGCAAGCCAGAAGAACCUCUGGUUUUGCAUAACCCCCAGGCCCCUCUUGGUCCUCCUGCCAAGCUUCCAGUUCAGAUGCCACAUAUGGAAAGCCUUGGAUCCAGCAAGGAGUUUGCAUCUAGCUGCAGUCAAGUUGCUGGAACAUCACUACCCAUCAUGCCCUCCUCCACGGGGAUGUGCUACUCCAUUCCUUCCAGCAGUAAGCAGAUAGUCUCAUCCAGUUCUUCAACAGCACAGGCUCAGGUCAAGAACCAGGUCCAGAACAUGCUCCCUGUCACUAUGCCUCCAUUAUCUGUGCCUCAGUGGCAUCAUGCCCACCAGCUGAAAGCACUGGCAGCCAGCAAGCAGGGAUCUGCUACAAAACAAGGUUCCAACCGCAAUUGGUCCAGUUUGCCUCCUCCGGGUCUUUCCCCACCUUACCUCCCAGUGCCAUCUCCUCACCCACCACCACCACAACCACCACCACCACCAUUCAGCCCACAGAACUUCACAGCAUCCUGCAUGUCAUCCAGUAGCUUGUCUGGCAGUGCUGUGCAAAACUCGCCCAAUGCCUUACUCUCCAGCAUGGCCCCCAGCAGCAAUGCUGCCCUUGGGCCCACCUUGCCCUAUGUUCCAGCAAAGCUCCCAGGCUUGCCUCUCAAUCAGCAACCACAAUUCAGUCCCCAGAGCUCCAUUCUUGCCAAUCUGGUGUCCUCUAGUGUCAAAAGCCCUCAAGGACACCUGAUAUCUGCUCUGCCUACCAGCACCCCAGGGCCAUCCCCACCCUACCGCCCUGAGAAUCUCUCCAGCCCUGGCUUGCCACAGCAGUCCUUCACUCCACAAUACUCUCUGAUCAGGAGCCUCACUCCCACCAGCAAUCUGCUAAGCCAGCAGCAGCAACAGCAACAACAGCAACAGCAACAACAACAACAGCAGCAGCAGCAGCAGCAGCAACAGCAGCAGCAACAACAACAACAACAGCAGCAGCAGCAGCAGCAUCAGGCAAAUUCCAUCUUUAAGCCUAUGACCAGCAGCCAGCAACCUAAAACCUUGAGUAUGAUCAUGCAGCAGGGCCUAACAAGUUCCAGUCCAGAAGCACCUGAGCCCUUUACCUUCAGCAACACCAAGCCCUUGUCACAUUUUGUUUCUGAGCCAAGCCCCCAGAAGAUGGCCUCCAUGUCUACCCACUCCAGGCAGUCAUCUUUGCUCCACUACCUGCCUCAGGCAACACCAGCACAUGCUCCUUCUGCCACUGCCUCCUCCACUGCCACUGCCACUUUGCAACUCCAGCAGCAGCAGCAGCAGCAUCAUCAACAACAACAGCAGCAGCAACCUGACCAGUCUUCAUUCCUUCUGCAGCAGAUAAUGCAGCAACCCCAGCGCUUUCAGCGCAUGAUGGCUUCUGAUUCUAUGCCUGCUCUGCCUGGACAGCCAGAGAAGCAGAGAUCAGGUCCUAUGGCAAUGACCCCUAAACAGCAGAAUGUGUGUAUCGCCCAGCAGAUAACUCAAUUUCAAGCAGUACAAGAACAAGUCAUCUCCAAGUGUAACCAAACCAAGAAGGGUCCCCCAUCCAACCAGCAAAAGAUGCCACCCAAAACUGAGCUCCUUCAGGACAAUCAGAUUCCAAGAAUAUUACCACCCACAAGUCACAUGGGUGUUUUGUCAUCAACUCUGAAGAAGCAGCAAGUCAACACCGGCCUUCCAUUUCCCAUCUCCUCAGGCUUGGGUCAGGAUUCCCUGAAUAGUCUUGGCUCUGUCUGUCCCAAAGCCAAGGCCAUGCCCUUAGAAGUGCCCCUGUCCAAGCUCUGUAUCAGUCUCCUGGGCAGCCAAUCCUUGACUCCCCACCAACUCAGUCUCCCCAGUGUGCCAAUGAUGUCUUCAGUGUUCAGUAAUGCAGUCUGGACAGUGGCAGCUGCAACUGUAGCCACGCCAGUUUCAAAGGAAUCACCCCUGAGCCAAGUAGAUAAUAGAAUUGUGCCGCAUUUUGAUAGCAACUCCAUCAUCUUUGCCAAGGCACCCAUGAGUAUACCCCCAACAGAUCUAGUAUUUCCGUCUCAGAAGGUUGUGGUCCAGGCCAAUCAGAUGGCCCGAGGAGCCAGGCCUGGCCAGAAGGUGUGUGCUGCUCUGGCCAGCCACAGAUUCAGCCUACUGGGCAAUCAGAACCUUGUGCAGAACCCAGCACAGGGGCCCGUGCCUGUGUUGAGCACCAAGUCCCUCCAACAGAGCAUAGCCAGCUGCUCUCCCAUGAGUCCCAUUCAGGGACUAGAGCCUCCAAGCUAUGCAGCUGCUACUGCUGCUACUAGCCAGUCCCUAGGUACAUUGAUUCGAAUGGGCACAUCCCCUGAGACACAGGACAAUGUCUUGCCUCAGGCCCAGUCCCCAAUAGAUGGUCUGAUUUCACCAUCAUCUGCAGGCAGUGAGGUGGAUUUCAUGGAAGAGCUUUUGGAAGGCUCCAGUGUGGCCCCAGAUGAAGACUGGGUGUGCAACUUGAGGCUGAUAGAUGGCAUUUUGGAGCAGCAUGCUGCUGCCCAAAAUGCUACAGCCCAGAAUGCUGACUAAGUCACCCAGGGUGCUGAGGAGCUAUAAAUCAAAGUAGGCUGCUCCAGAAAAGCCCCAUGCCAUCACUCAAAGGAGUGGCCUGAAUCUUCAGCCAGCUUGAAACUGGCCCCAGACACCCACACUAGGGUCAUAGUCUGAAUUCUAUCAGCCCUACCCGUCCCUCUAUCUACCUGAUAAAUAAAAAGCUGGUGAUUUUUCAAGCUACUUGUACAUAUUUGAAAAUUUUGUAAAUGGUUUUCCUAAUCAUAAAUGACAGAAGUAUUUAUACUUGGUUUUGUGGCUUUGUAAAUAAAGUGGCAGCUUUGGUUUCAAUAGAGUUGUGUUUAUUAUACAUUGUUCCAAAUAUGCAGACUGUGUUGUUCGCUCCAGUGAUAACCUUGUUAAACCAGGUGGCUGAGUCACUGAGGUUUUCAUGCCACGAGAGACGUGGAUGUGACCAAGGGGUGUUGUGCAAACUGACAAAUGCCAACUAGAAAGCCACUUGGUCAUUACAUUUCCACUCCAUUACAAACUGUACUACCCAAUGUGACUCUUAGUCUUUUGCAAGCCUUGAAGUCUCAGCUAGUUCUUUCCUAAUGAACAUUUACAGCAAAAGUCACCGUAUGGUUAAGUGUCCCACAGACACACUCAUGGGAGGCCAAGAGUGUCCUUUAGGUUUGGUUAAGAGAGGUGCAGAAAUAGCCUGUGAGCUGAGCACUGUGUGAGCUGGCCACCUUGAGGAACUAGAGCGUUCCCUUCCCUUUGUCACCUAUGGUGAUCUUCAGCUGCAGAGAAAGCCCCAGCUUUAGAUAGCUUUGGUGCACCAUCACAGAGUAAUGCUUUAAAGUCUGCUUUAAACCAUUUGACACUCAUUUUGAUGUGAAUCUCUGUGGCUUGGGGGGAAAGUCUGUAAACAUUAAUGGUUGAUUUGGGGUUUGUCUUUAAUGGUUUCUAUUUGCAGUUCUUGUCAUGUAUAUUUAAGUGUCUGUUAGAGAAACUCCACAGCCACUGUCCUGUAAACUUUGCUCAGUGUCCAGAUUUUGUGUAAUCACAUUUUAAUUGACACCCUGUAUUUUGAUUCAACAUUUGAGAUCUGGCAUCUAUUUUGAGUCAGUGAUUUUUUUUUGUUGG